GUAACCGUGCCGCUGCUGCUAGGGUUUUGUUUAGCCGCCGCUGCUAGGGUUUUGAAUUGCCACUGCCAAGUCUAGUUCGUUAUGAAAAGAUAAAGAUUGAAAAGUUUGAUGGAAGUGAUUUUGGGUUUUGGAAGAUGCAAAUCGAGGAUGUUCUUUAUCAGAAAGACUAAUACCAAACGUUAUCGGGAGAAAAGCCAGAAAAGAUGAGAAAAGAUGAGUGAUGCAGAUUGGGCGAUUUUGGGCAGGAAAGCUUUGGGAGUGGUUAGAUUGUCAUUGGCGAAGAGUGUUGCUUUCAACAUAGUCAAUGAAACGACUACGCACGGGUUACUGAAAGCUUUGUCGAAUAUGUACGAGAAACCCUCAGCAUUGAACAAGGUGUUUUUGAUCAGACAGUUGGUUAACACCAGAAUGAGGGAGGGUGCUUCAGUUACCAUUCACAUCAACCAGUUUAAUUCGGUCAUAACUCGGUUAGGAUCAGUUGGAAUUAAGUUUGAUGAUGAACUUCAGGCAUUGCUGCUUUUAUCUUCUUUGCCUGACAGUUGCUCUGGAAGUGAAGACAUCAGACGCAGAAGUUCAAGGGAUUCUUCGAGUGCACUCUUGAGUACUGAAGGUAGAGGAAGAAGGAACAAAAGAGGAAGCAACAGUGGUAGAGGCAAGAGUCAGUCCAAGCAUCGGGAAGGAAUUGUCUGUUGGGAUUGCAAACAGACAGGACAUUUUAGAAGUCAGUGUCCGAAUGGUAAAAAGGAAGUGAAUACUACAGAAAGCUGCUCAGACAAUAGUGAUGAUGUGUUAAUCUGUAGCGUAGAGAGUAGUAUAGAUUCCUGGGUGAUGGAUUCUGGUACAUCUGUUCAUGCCACACCCAACAUGAAGAUGAUGAAGAAUCUGAAGAUUGGGGACUUUGUUGGAGCCACUUGGACUUUGAAAAACGUCAGAGUCAUUCCAAGCUUGAAGAGGAUGCUUAUCUCAGUUGGGCAGUUGGAUGAUUCGGGUCUUGAUGUUAAAUUUGGUGGUGGACAGUGGAAGGUGGUCAAAGGAAAUCUUGUUGUUGCUCGUGGCAAGAAAAGAGUUCGUUCUCAGUUUGUCUUAGAAGCCAUGAGAGUGAUAGAUGUAUCACACUCGGAGCUAGCAGAGAAAGAGAACGAGUCACGGGUUGUGACUGAUGAGUUGAAGCUCAGUGGGAGCUGGGAGCUUCAACAGGCCUUCAGAUAACUGAAGAGAAGGCCGCUGCAACUAGUGGAAAAUGAGGAUUACAAGAGUUAUAGAUGAUGAAGACUAAGGGGCGUUGUUCGAGCCUCCAAGGUAGUCAAACUCGCGAGUUGACUCGUACGAUUCUACGAUUUUGAGGAUCGGCAGUAGCUUACCGAUCUGGGACGGCUGCAGAAUCGUGAAAUCCAUGGACUCGUUCGGAUCGACGAUUCGGCUCGUGGAAACGCAGGAUUGGCUACAAUCGCCGAGUCUGAGAAGUCCAAAUAGUGUCUCUUCGAAAUCUCCUUCCAAUCGAUUCUGGAACUGCAAUUGGAUAGUCGCGCCUGUUGCGACUCCCAAUUUCUAUCGGAAACAGGUAUCUCCCUUUAUUUAUUCCCAAUUUCAAUAGGAAAGCAGCGUAAAUAGAUUCCCAAUUUGAAUAGGAAAGCAGCAUAUCAGACGUAUCUUCUUCUAUUUAUUUGGGAAUCGAGACUUCUCUGCGUAUCAGUCUUCCUUCUUCUUUUUUUUUUCUCCAGCGACAUUUUUUUUCUCCUGCGAAUCCUCUGUGUCUGUCGCAGGCUUCUUCUUUCUGCCUCUACUCUCUUACAAUGUCAAUCCCUGCUUCAGCCACUCCAUUUAGUAGACCAAUUGCAAAAAAUGCUCCUGGGCAGAAAACAGAUGUUGCUUGGGAACAUUGCAAAGCAAUUGAUUCUAGCAAUAGAAAGCUACAAUGUAAUUAUUGUAGCAAAGUCUAACCGGGGGGGUGUUCCGUAUGAAGCAUCACUUAGCAGGGACACAAAAGGAUGUGGGUGCUUGCAAAAGUGUUUCUGAUAAGUUGAGGCAAGAAAUGUGGGACAUUGUAGUUACCUCUAAAGAGAAAAGGCGAAAAGAGGAUGAAGACGAUGAUGAUGAUUGAGAAAAUGUUGGUUUCAAAAGAAAAAUCAAUGACGAGGUUGGUGAUGGAUCGAAUACUUUUUCCAAAAAAAGGGCGACCAAUCAAAGCACCAUUAAUAGCAUGUACAAGAAGAGUUUGAGAGAAGAUGCAUGUCUAGCAAUUUCGAGAUAUUACUUCAACAAUGCCAUAGCAUUCAACACGGCAAGAAGUGAAGAGUUUCGUAUCAUGUGUGAUUUGAUUACAAAACAUGGACCCGGAUUCAAGCCACCGUCAUAUCAUGAGAUCAGAGUAAAGUAUUUAAAACAAGAAGUGGAGUCGACAGAACGCAUUGUCAAUGAACAUAGGAGCGAAUG